GGACAACAAAUCAAUUGUUGCUCUUAUAUAUAUCUAUACAUGUGAGUUAAAAACGUGUCGGGAUUUAGUUUUAAAUAUCUAAGUGAACAUAAGAUUCGUUAGACAGUACGUACUCGAUACAGUCUUAAUCAACUACCAAAUACAGGGCGGCGUUAACCGACUCGCGAACAAUGCCCGCGCAAUGAAGGAAAGCAAUUCCUUUGUCUAUGAACAUUUAAGUCAAGAUCGUGUUUCUGUAUUCACUGUCUCCAGUUAACGCUUUGUUUAUCGAUAAGUCAUUAUUAAUUUUGAAAUGAAUAUUUUGUGUUAUUUCUUUGACAAAAUAAAUAAAUGAUUUUUUAAACUAUGAUUUAGAAUUAUUAGUUAUACAUAUGGACGUGUUAGAGAAUAGGGCGUUUUUAUUCAAUUUAUAAACUAAUAUAGCAUAUUUUUUUCAUAAAUAAAAUAGAAUUGUAUUAGUGAAUUAUUUUGAAAUGGAUCCUAAGCCGUUCAAGAUUCUUGGAGUGAUAUGGUGCUAUUUAAUGUUUCCUCCAAACCUUGUUCAUGUGCAAGGAGCCUGCACCUUUCCAACAGAAAUGCAAAAUAAGCAAAUGACAUCCACGUAUUCGGAUUUUGAUUCAAUGUCAUUCGGGACGGAUACAGUAAAUUUUACUGUCAGUGCGAUAUCUGUAAACAGUUGGCUUUGUCAUGAAGACACUGGAUCACUUAUGUUGUUAAGAUCCGUCGAUAGUAAGAAUGUAUUGCAAGAAACAGCAUACUACUACUAUUGUCUGUCCUACACCAAAGUGACGAAUGAAUCAUUCCUGUUUUAUAUACGUUCAAGAAGCGACACUUAUAACACUGGGUACUUACAAGUAACUGUAUCAUCGACGCUGACGACCGCAGAUGCGUGUACGGAGCCAGUGAGCACUGCGAAGUAUUACACCUUAGUAAACACAGCGAGUAUAGCGUCCUCGAAGGACACCUGUGCGACAAUUCUACUGGCCAGUUUCAGCUACGCAUGUGCUUCCAAUGCCACCAAGACUUCACAAAUGAGCGUGUGCUCCACUACAAACUAUCAGACAGGAAUCGAAGUGGAUGACACCAACUGUAAUGAUACCUCCAUCUUAGAUACGGGCUCUUAUUACUGUGUGGCUGAGACAUCGGAGAGUGCAUCAGACGGAUUAACAUAUUAUUAUCAGAUGGUAUACAACCCAUUUACCACAACUUUUAAAUGUUUGACGGUGUCAUCUAAUGAUUCUGCUGCUACGGUAAUGCUGCAAAGUGGUAGCUCUACGGCUUGCACAGCAGGACCGCUCACCUCUUGGGAAUAUGCCCUUGCAACGGACACUAUUGUAACGGUGACUGAGGCCCCUGCUACCCAAACAACCGAGUCUUCAAACAGCGGCGUCACCAUCGGCAUUAUUAUUGCUGCGGUCCUUUUCUUAUUACUGAUAAUUGGAGCUCUCCUCUUCUAUUUCUGCGUUUACAAGCGGGACCCCAAUGCUGGGAAACCCAUUGUGGAGAAUACGAAGCCUCGAUUUGAAGAUCCUGACAAAGAAGAUGAACUGAUAGACAUGGAAGUUGACACAGCAAGAUCAACUCCGUUGACAAGAGAUGAAAUCACAUUCGAUGCCGUCAGCCCGAGUAUUAUUUCAAACGGCAAGAUUGGAAACGGUCACGCCAAAAGUUUGAGUCCAGAUGGAUUGUUCAGUACUCACAAUACUAGCUCUAUGCAGGACUCAGGUAUUGCGUUGACUGAUAAAUCCAUUGGCGAGAGGCCGACACCCCGAAUUGGAAUUAAUCCGUCCAAAGAAUCAAUGGUCAUUUUUAAUGGUGACCAAAAGGUGAUUUCUGGGAAUGAUACUAGAAUUGUGCCGAACACUAACCCAAACCCAAGAGUAUUUCACAUGGAGAAUUUCAUACGAGGGGAAGGGCCUCUGACUAUUGAGGGAUUGGACGAAGAGGAUGAUAGUGUCGGAGAACUCACUUCAAGGGAAAACUACCCAUACCCCUCACUUCCAAGAGAGAAAUCAAACCUUAUGCCCCCUAUAGAAACUAGCGACCCGGAAAAGAAUAAAGACAAAUCCUAGAUAAAUAAAAAUGCGUAUUUAUGUUGUGAGUGAAUUGUUCGUCGAUGGUACAUUUGUAUAACAUAAUUAGUAUAUACAUUCAAAACCCAUUGCUUCGAUAUCGCUUGGCUCGAUUUCCUCGAUGGCUCGAACUUAGUGUCAAGGACCAGGUUUGUUUACUCUUUGUAAGCCAACCCGCUUUUGGCCGGACCCUGGGAUAGCGAGCCAAUGGGUUUCGACUGCAUCUACGUGAUCUGGCUCCAAAAUCUUGAACAAAGCCCUUAAAACAAGAUCAACCUACGCAAUAUGUUUAGGUUAUGAUAUAAAUCAAGCAUCAUUGAAAAAGUUUAAUCUUUUAAAAGAAUUAAAGGUUAUAACGAUUAAAUAUAGUUUGUUUUAUAAAAUCAAAUUUAAGUGAGUAAAUUAUUCAAGAGUGUUACGCUCGAAUUUAUUUUGAGAAAUUUGGGCCUUCUUACUUCAUUUUAUUUUUAUUUUUGUCAUCUAAAACUGUGAUACAUAUUCGUAUAUACUCGUUAUUGUAUUAGGACUUGUUAUAUUGAAAAAUGAAUAAAAGUGUA